AUGCUACAGCUCAAUAACCUCUUCAAAUUUCUCCCUCCUAAUACUUUUGUUCUAUCUUCUGGAAGCAAGAGCACCACCCCUAGUGCUACUGACACCUGGCUACAACCACUCCCUCUAGUGGACAAUCUGAGCUCACUAUGUGAUGAGUCUAUUGUGUAUGGUGAGUCAACCUCACAGGCUUCCAGCUCUCUGAGCUCAAGUUUGAUUGAUACAGCCAAUAAGUGCCUCUAA